ACAUCUGGGGCACCAGAGUUGGACACCCCUGGGAUAAAGAGUGGGGAAAUGGGGAAGUGGGGAAACUUAAAAGUACUGUGUGGAAAAAAAUUGGUUGUGACUUUGGGAAUUGGUUGUGACUUUGAACGUCACCUCCAAUAGGAGCUCUGAUCUGAGGGCAGGAACCAUUACGCUGCUGGAAAUUUGCCACCGCAGACAACAGCAGCCAUUUUAUUCUUUUUCCUUGUAGGUGGUUAGGUGUUCGGAGUGAGAGUUGAGUGAGAAGAUGGCAAAUGGCGGUAAGCCUGUAAGACGAGGGGUAGCAUGGAGGGAAAGGGAGACAUUAGACCUCCUCUCAAUCUGGGGGGAAGAGGCCAUCCAGAAGGCUUUGGUUAACAACUUUAGAAAUACUGAUGUGUUUGACUGGGUGGCAACACAGAUGGCGGCACUUGGACACAAGAGGAGCGCGGUGGAGUGCCGCACUAAAACAAAGGCCCUGAAACACAAAUACAACCGUGCAGGGGCCCAUAGUUACGGGUUGGGGAACGCGCCAGCAACCUGCCCUUUUUACUGGGAGCUGGAUCGGAUCCUCAGGGGGGAUGCAAGUAGUAGGCCACCCCAAGUGGCUAGGGGUUCAAACCUACAAGUGCUAGUAGUUGAUCCACCCCAAAACCAAGAAUGUACUCCAAGGCCAGAAGAGCUCUUCUCAUUCAAUCUGGAAACAAUUAAACAGGAGGACAUGCACCAUUUCACAUCCUUGGACUCAGGUGAAUCCUCAAGCGCUUUGUCCCAAGAUCCCGAUGAGACCUUAAUUAAUCAAGGAGCAGAGGCAGAGGAAGGUAUGUUAUUUUCAGGGGUCCCACCAGAUAUUGGUGAAACGGGUAACCAAGGAGACCAGGAUGGGGGCAAUGGCACAACCUUGCAACAGGAUCAGGAUGCACAAGGCAAGAUCUGUGAUGCUGCACCGCCAUCUCCUGAGACCAGGUUGUCAGCAGCAAGAAAUCGCAACAGACACGUCUCUCUGCUCUCCGACGUGGCCUGGCAAAUGGUGCGCCAGUCUGCCCUCGAUGCGGAGAGAUCACAGCAGCUGCAGAAAGAGAUCCUUCUGGAGGAGAGGCGUUGCCAUCAGGAGAACCUGGUGGAGGAAAGACGUCGUCACGAGCAGAUGCUCUCGGAGGAGAAUCGUAGAUAUGAAGCACUGCUUGAGGAAAGCAGACUGGAGAGGGAGGCAUUCCAGUGUGCCGCGGACAGAAGCUGCAACCUGAUGUUUGAGGCUGUAACUGCUAUAAAAACCAUGACUGGGUUGAUGAUGUUGAAGCAUUCAGGGCAGACACCACCAGUGGGUAAUAUUGAUGUACUGCAUGAAAACACUAAUAACCCUGAGCUGUCAACAUCCUCUGCCUCCCAAUGCUCUGAAAAGAUCCCCCACGCUCCCUCCAAGCACAGACAAGCUAGACGUACAGUUGAUCGACUGGAUUUGUGAGAUCUCAGGAGUCACAUCCCACAAAAGUUACCUGGCUCCUUGCAGUGCAAUAAAGGAGCGGGGUUGUAUUUUAUAUGUAUGCGUCAUUCUUUGUUUAUGUUUUUUAAAGUGUAGCGUUAAUGUCUCUUGUUUGUGUGAGUGGAAAUAGUCGUCCUUCACGUCGAAAAAAGUAGGAAUGGUCUUGAAUCAUAGAUGUGUAUUUAAAUUUUAACAAACAAUAUCUAUACCUGAACAUAUUAAA